AACAGAGCUCUUGCUCCCGUGACCCCACCUGUCAGUCAAACCAUCGGCCGAUUCAUCGUCAAGGGCGCAUAUCUUCUUGCAGGCGUCACACGGACGAGCAUCGCCUCCAGCCUCCGUCCACCGGAGCCCGCCCGCCACCCGAAGGAAAUCUUCUCUCGCCGUCGUUGUCGCGCCGUCUCUCUCUCUCUCUCUCUCUUCCCAAAAGGUCUGCCCCUGUUGCGAGGUGGAGGCGGGAGGACCGAAUGAUGGAGGCCUCUGCCCAGGAAUCCGGUCUCUGGAAGCAAAUUGACGACGCCGAGUACAAUCUAGUCAGCGGAUCGUUCGAGCAGGCGGUAUCGACUGCUUUAUCUGUUUCUGAUCAAAUACGAUCGACUUCUUUGGAGAAUGGAUGGGAGCAUGGUGAGCUCUUAGAGAUGCAUGAAUCAGCAGGGAUGGUACUUGUUCAGGCACUUAAAGAACUCAGGAGGACAUCUGAGAUGUUUGUUCACCUUAAAGUGAUGUUUGGUUCGGUGCCAUCAGUAUCUGCUAAAGUUUUCCUUACAGGAGCUACCAUGCAAAUGGCAGCUGGAUCUGGAUCUGACCUUAGACCAAUCUUUGAGGAGUACCUUGCUAAAUGGAGAUAUACGAAUGAUGAGGUUUAUGUUUUGAAUGGACAAGACGACUCUUCAAAUGGUUUUGUUGUUACAUCUAUUAUGUCAAGUGAGCAGUACCUAGAGGUAGCAGAAUUGUAUGCGGUAACAUUCCUUAGUAUUGUCUCCCAAGAUAGUGAAACUGCUAUCUCAUGGGCAAAAAAGGCAGAGUUGACUGAGCAAAAUCGUGAGGACCUACUAAAAAAGCUUCAUGUACUACAAUCAGCUGCAAAUAAAAAGUCAUCCUCUGUUAAAGGGGUAAAACAAACAGCAGAAAGGAACCUUUCCACUUCUACGAAUGGCUCAACACCAUCACUACAUGAGGAUGCUCCAAACACAGUGCCUGUGUACAACGAACUCAAAAAGGGCUGUGUAAAGUCCACUCAACCUUCUAUCCAUCAUGUCGCAAAUCAAUUUGAUCCAUUGUUUUGGUGGUUUCACUCCAUUCGCUUAAAGUUUGGUAAAAUACAUAUUGUUCUACCGAGUGGCAAGUUAAUGCUUCUUUUCUCACUGCUGUUCUCGACAAUCUACGUGCUCCGGAGAAAAACUACUGGCUUGAAGAGGACUGUGUUCCAGCAUGUGUCAUCUCUGCGACGAGCAUUCUUUGAUGCCCUGCAACUUGCGUUCUCUGUCCAGAUGAACCCGCUAGCUGCUGUUCAACAAGUGCCACAAGCCCCUCGAGGAAGCUGGUGAUAAUGUGAUCAUCUAUGCCGACAUGUAACUUCCAAUAUCGAUUAUUGAAAUUUGACUGGUGUAACACCUGAUUUUGUGUCAUGGGAAAUGUAAAGAUUACAGUGAUUAAUGCAGCAUGAUAAUAAUAUAGUUUUUGGCAUGCCCAGCUUUGAGGCUGAGGCUCAAA